AUGGGCAGAAUUGUUCAAUAUAACGAUUGGUUGGAUGAAGAAUGUGGAAACUUUGCAAGAGAAGGUCUUAGAACCUUAGUUAUUGCUCGUAAAAGGUUAUCAGACGUUGCCUAUAAUGAUUUUCAAGAAAGUUAUCAAUCAUCAUAUUGUUUUAUGUUAUUUCUCAUGCCAUUGGUACAAGAAUCA